AUGGAGGAGGCUUUGAUUAAGCGCCUGGAAGCUGCGGUCACGAAGCUCGAGGGUCUAUCGAGCAACGGAGGAGGAGUUAUUCUUUCCCGCGGAGGAGAUUUUUCCGCCGGCGCCGGAACCGAUGUCGCGUCGACUGAUCCAUCGAUUCUGGCUUACGAAGAUCUGAUUUCCCAAUGCGUCGGUAGGGCUCUGAGCGCGGCUGAGAAGAUCGGUGGACCUGUUCUAGAUGUGACGAAGGUUGUCGCCGAAGCGUUUUCGGCACAAAAGGAGCUGCUUAUCCGGAUCAAGCAAACUCAGAAGCCUGAUAUGGCUGGAUUGGCCGGAUUUUUCACGCCGUUGAAUGAUGUUACAAUGAAAGCUAAUGCAAUGACAGAAGGAAAGAGAUCAGAUUUCUUCAAUCAUUUGAAGGCUGCGUCCGAUAGUCUAUCUGCAUUGGCGUGGAUUGCUUUCACUGGAAAAGAUUGUGGUAUGAGCAUGCCAAUUGCUCACGUGGAAGAAAGUUGGCAAAUGGCUGAGUUUUACAACAAUAAGGUUCUGGUGGAGUACCGUAACAAAGACGCAGAUCAUGUGGAAUGGGCUAAAGCCAUUAAAGAACUUUACGUGCCUGGUUUAAGGGAUUAUGUUAAAAGUCAUUACGCCUUGGGACCUGUAUGGAAUGCAUCAGGGAAACCUGCUAGUGCUCCUGUAAAGGGUCCACCUGGUGCUCCUGCUCCUCCCCCAGCACCAUCUGCGUCCCUGUUCAGUGCUGAAUCUUCGAAGCCGUCAUCGUCGUCGAACCAGAAACAAGGGAUGUCUGCUGUCUUCCAGCAGCUCAGCUCAGGCUCUGUGACCUCAGGUCUAAAAAAAGUGACGGAUGAUAUGAAGACAAAAAACCGUGCUGAUAGAUCUGGAGCAGUUAGUGCCGUUGAGAAGGAAACCCGUACCAGUAAACCAGCGUUUGCGAAAACUGGACCACCAAAAAUGGAACUUCAAAUGGGUCGCAAGUGGGCUGUUGAGAACCAAAUUGGGAAGAAGGACUUGAUUAUCAGCGAGUGUGAUUCCAAGCAAUCUGUGUAUGUAUUUGGUUGCAAAGAUUCUGUCUUGCAGAUACAAGGAAAAGUGAAUAACAUCACCAUUGACAAAUGCACCAAAAUGGGUGUUGUCUUCACGGAUGUUGUUGCUGCAUUUGAGAUUGUGAAUUGCAACAACGUAGAAGUGCAAUGUCAGGGUUCAGCUCCCACCGUUUCUGUAGACAACACGACUGGCUGUCAGUUAUAUCUGAACAAAGACUCAUUAGAGACAGCUAUAACAACAGCCAAAUCGAGUGAGAUCAAUGUAAUGGUGCCCGGUGCUUCCCCUGAUGGAGAUUGGGUGGAACAUGCACUGCCUCAACAGUACAACCAUCUGUUCACUGAAGGGAAGUUCGAGACAACACCUGUCUCGCACUCAGGUGCCUAA